UGUUGAUGAUCCUUCCAAAUCUUCUGAAUAUACCAUUAAAAAAAAUGAUAUUUCAGAUAGUAGUUGUAGUAGAAAUGAAUCAGAUAAUGAUGAAUCAGGUAAUAAUGAAGAUUUCAAAACAUUUGAAAAUUAUGCAUCAUCUGAUUAUAAGCCUUUUCAAGAUCUAUCAGGUUUAGAAUUAAUAAUUAAUAGCUAA